GAUAAACUAAAAGCUCGGUUCGAGUAUUUUACUAUUGUAUUCGCCAGACCUUGCCUCGUGUGAUCUUUACUUGUUUCCGUACAUUGAAAAAUUAAGAUCAUUAAUUACGAAUCCUUAAUGAGAAACGAUAACAAUCGGUGCCGCGAUCGACAUAAAGUUACACGAUAUUCGUCGAUAAUCACGAAACGAAGAAAAGCGUUGCGAUUUGUAAAUCUAUCAGGCUGAUAAAAUGAUUUACAUAAAAAUGCGAUUGUCGGUUACCUAAUACGGCUUCCUUUAAUUAUGUCUUUUUACUGAAUGUUAAUGCCGCGGCGCAGUUUUACCGUGAUAACGAGCAUGGCGAUACAAUUAUUCCCGGCAAUUUCGUUCUCCUACGUAAUUACGUAACCCGGUUUCUUAUUAUAAUAACAAAUAUUUUCUGCACGCCGCGUGAGAUGCUGUCUAGCUUGGCAUCUAUUCUUGUUUUCCUGGGUGGUUACCACGUCGGUGCGCGUUCUCGUUGCCACGGCUCGAAUUCGAGACCUUGCAAACAGCGUCUAAAAAUUACGACGUCAUUAAAAAAUCGCCAACACCGUAGGAGAAAAAUUUAAACAUUUCCCGGGAGCAACGUGGCGGCCUUAGAUAGGAAUAUAAAUUCAUCCCUCAGUUCAUCGCUCGAGCAACAAGAUGUAAAGAUCGCCAGUAGCGGUAACAGAAGCACGAAUCUUACGUACGGGAUCGACGACGUUCCACCAUGGUACCUGUGCCUGUUUAUGGCUCUCCAGCACUAUUUGACCAUGAUAGGAGCGAUCGUCUCCAUUCCUUUCAUCUUGACGCCAGCUUUGUGCAUGGCCGAGGAUGAUCCAUCCAGAAGUUACAUUAUCUCCACGAUGAUCUUCGUUACAGGAUUGGUGACAUUUUGCCAGACCGUCGUAGGAUGCAGAUUGCCACUGGUACAAGGAGGGACCAUAUCGUUUCUGGUCCCAACUCUGGCUCUAUUGAAUCUACCACAAUGGAAGUGUCCAGCGCCAAAAAUUUUGAACGAAAUGUCCCCCGAGGAUCGUACCGAAUUAUGGCAAGUCCGAAUGAGAGAACUCUCGGGGGCGAUCGCAGUGUCCGCUUUGUUUCAAGUGGUCCUCGGUUUCGGAGGUAUUAUCGGCUACUUAUUGAAAUUCAUAACUCCACUCACGAUCGUACCGACAGUAUCGCUGGUCGGAUUAUCCCUUUUCGAAAAUGCAGCUGACGCGGCGUCGCAACAUUGGGGCAUCGCAGCUGGAACGAUACUGAUGUUAACGCUGUACUCCCAGAUACUCGUCAACGUGCCGUUCCCGAUCCUCAUGUACCGCAAAGGCGAAGGGAUACGAGUCGUGUGGUUCGAGCUGUUCAAACUAUUCCCGGUGCUACUAACAAUAGUAGUCAUGUGGAUAAUCUGUACGAUCCUAACCGUGACCGAUGUUCUGCCAGUCGGUCAUCCAGCAAGGUCGGACAGUAAGAUAAAAAUUAUCAGCCAAUCUCCGUGGUUCCGUGUGCCCUAUCCUGGCCAGUGGGGCACGCCGACCGUAACCCUCUCCGGUGUAUUGGGUAUGCUGGCUGGGGUAUUGGCAUGUACAGUAGAAUCCAUCAGCUACUAUCCGACUACGUCUAGAAUGUGCGGCGCUCCUCCACCACCGGUUCACGCCAUUAACCGAGGUAUCGGUAUGGAGGGUUUGGGCACCAUGUUGGCCGGCCUCUGGGGCAGUGGGAACGGUACAAAUACGUUUGGAGAAAAUGUUGGAACCAUAGGUGUUACGAAAGUUGGUAGUCGUAGAGUUAUUCAGUGGGCGUGCGCGCUUAUGAUACUGCAAGGACUAAUCAGCAAAUUCGGCGCCAUUUUCAUCAUCAUUCCAGAGCCCAUAGUCGGUGGAAUAUUCUGUGUGAUGUUCGGAAUGAUCUGUGCAUUCGGUCUCUCGGCGUUGCAAUACGUAAAUCUAAAUUCAGCGAGGAACCUUUACAUCCUCGGAUUCUCCAUUUUCUUUCCGUUGGUUUUGUCGAAGUGGAUGAUCAAAAACUCGGGCGUGAUACAGACCGGAAAUGAUAUAGCCGAUGGUGUGCUCACCGUAUUACUUAGCACAACCAUCUUGGUUGGUGGUGUGUUGGGAUGUUUGUUGGAUAACAUCAUACCAGGCACCGCCGAGGAACGUGGACUCAUAGCUUGGUCGAAAGAGAUGGAAUUGAAUACCGUAACAGACGAUAAAGAAGACCAAGAAGAAUACGUGCCCAACACAUUCGAUUUUCCAUUUGGAAUGGACGCCUUGAGAAGAUGGAAGUGGACGUAUUACGUGCCAUUUUUACCCACUUACAAGCCAGGAAUCUAUUCCUGCGGCCAGAAGAAACGAUAAAUACAAUUUUAGUUUUAUACUUAUCGAUACUGUUAAGAAACUUGUGAUGGUAUGAACGUUUGAUGAACCAGCGUGCGAGCGACAAGUGGAUAUGUAUUUAAUUUGAUCGAAAAUGAGAAUAAAACAGUUUUUAUAU